AGUUUAUAAACAACAUUUCUCAAACAAAAACAAGUGUUUGGGGCUUAAAUAAGGCAUUUUUUCUCCAUUUGAGGCGACUAUAAUCCCUAGAAGGGUUUUCACAUGCUUCAUUGUUAGAUCCCAGCUGGAAUGCACCAGAAGCUCAGGAAAAACAACUCUGUUAUUAUCUGACCAGUGUAUCAGAGAUGAUAGAAGCUAAGGGUAAAGUGAAAGGAAAGAGGUUACAGACAUUGUCCCAAUCACCCAGAGAUAGUGCACUAGGACCGUAUGCCGGUGGUGGCUAUACCAGCAAUAGUGGCAAGUCUGUUAAACUCAUGAGAUGUUCAUUUAAAGAUCUUGAUGUUGGUGUUAACCCAGAAAGAGUUGUCCUUGGCAAAGUUGCUUGUACUGUACCUACUGCAGACCUUGUACCUUUUACAUUGUGUAUGUUAGAUGAAGAAGAAACAGUCAUGCCUGUUAAUGUGUACAACCUGGCUCAGGAAUCAGGGGUCAAAAUCGGAGAUUCUGUUGCUAUUCCAGGACCUUAUAUAACAACAUGUCAAUGUUAAACACAAAGAUAUGGUAUUUGACUACAGAAGUAUUAGGGUGAGCACACCUUUAAUUUUGGUGGUAAAUGGGAGACAACUUGGUCGUGACAAACAAGUUGGCACUGUGCUGUUGGUGAAUGCUGUCACAGACUGAGAUACCUACUGGGAUGUUAGAUCCAGGGGAGACAACUGUGAUAUAUGUUGGGUGGCACAAAGUAAUUGUGGUGCUUUAAAUUAAACAAUAAACAGUAUUGUUGAUAAGAUGGUAGCUAAAUACCA